AUGGAGGCGAGCGCGGGGCUGGUGGCCGGGUCGCACAACCGGAACGAGCUGGUGGUGAUCCGGAGGGAGGGGGGAGGGAGGAGGGGGGGAGGGGCGGCGGAGGCGAGGGGAGCUGCGUGCCAGAUAUGCGGGGACGACGUCGGGGAAGGCCCCGACGGGGAGCCCUUCGUGGCGUGCAACGAGUGCGCCUUCCCCGUCUGCCGGAGCUGCUACGACUACGAGCGCCGGGAGGGGUCGCAGGCGUGCCCCCAGUGCAAGACCCGCUUCAAGCGCCUCAAGGGGUGCCCGCGGGUGGCCGGAGACGAGGAGGAGGACGGCGUGGACGACCUUGAGGGGGAGUUCGGGCUCCAGGGGGACGGCCGCGAGGACGACCCGCAGUACAUCGCCGAGUCCAUGUUGCGGGCGAGCAUGAGCUACGGCCGCGGCGGCGACCCGCAGCCGUUCCAGCCCAUCCCCAAUGUGCCACUCCUCACCAACGGCCAGAUGGUUGACGACAUCCCGCCGGAGCAGCACGCGCUGGUGCCGUCCUACAUGGGUGGCGGCGGGAAGAGGAUCCAUCCGCUCCCCUUCGCAGAUCCGACCGUUCCUGUGCAACCGAGAUCGAUGGACCCGUCCAAGGAUCUCGCCGCCUACGGGUACGGGAGUGUGGCAUGGAAGGAGAGGAUGGAGGGCUGGAAGCAGAAGCAGGAGCGGCUACAGCAGCUCAGGAGUGAGGGCGGCGGUGAUUGGGAUGUCGACGGUGAUGCAGAUCUACCACUAAUGGAUGAAGCUCGGCAGCCACUGUCCAGAAAGGUUCCAAUUUCUUCAAGCCGAAUUAAUCCUUAUAGGAUGAUUAUAAUUAUUCGGUUGGUUGUUCUGGGGUUCUUCUUCCACUACCGAGUGAUGCAUCCUGUGAACGAUGCGUUUGCUUUGUGGCUCAUCUCUGUAAUAUGUGAAAUCUGGUUUGCCAUGUCUUGGAUUCUUGAUCAAUUCCCAAAGUGGCUUCCAAUUGAGAGGGAGACGUACCUGGACCGUUUGUCACUAAGGUUUGACAAGGAAGGUCAGCCUUCCCAGCUUGCUCCAGUUGACUUCUUUGUCAGUACAGUCGAUCCAUCGAAGGAACCUCCAUUAGUCACAGCAAACACUGUCCUUUCCAUCCUUUCUGUGGAUUACCCAGUUGACAAGGUUUCCUGCUAUGUUUCUGAUGAUGGUGCCGCAAUGCUCACAUUUGAAGCACUGUCAGAAACAUCUGAAUUUGCAAAGAAAUGGGUCCCUUUCUGCAAAAAGUUCAAUAUCGAGCCUCGUGCCCCAGAGUGGUACUUCCAGCAGAAGAUUGACUACCUGAAAGAUAAGGUAGCGGCGUCUUUUGUUAGGGAGAGGAGAGCAAUGAAGAGAGAUUAUGAGGAAUUCAAGGUAAGGAUCAAUGCCUUGGUUGCCAAAGCCCAAAAGGUUCCUGAGGAAGGAUGGACAAUGCAGGAUGGGAGCCCUUGGCCUGGAAACAAUGUGCGCGAUCAUCCUGGAAUGAUUCAGGUCUUCCUUGGCCAAAGUGGUGGCCGUGAUGUGGAAGGAAACGAGCUCCCUCGCUUGGUGUAUGUCUCAAGAGAAAAGAGGCCAGGCUAUAAUCAUCAUAAGAAGGCUGGUGCUAUGAAUGCAUUGGUCCGUGUCUCUGCUGUUCUUACGAAUGCACCAUACCUAUUGAACUUGGAUUGUGAUCACUACAUCAACAAUAGCAAGGCCAUAAGGGAAGCAAUGUGUUUCAUGAUGGAUCCUUUGGUGGGGAAGAAAGUUUGCUAUGUUCAGUUUCCUCAGAGAUUUGAUGGUAUUGACCGGCACGAUCGAUAUGCUAACCGGAACGUUGUCUUCUUUGAUAUCAACAUGAAAGGUCUGGAUGGAAUUCAAGGCCCCAUCUAUGUUGGUACUGGAUGCGUCUUCAGACGGCAAGCUCUCUAUGGUUAUGAUGCUCCAAAAACAAAGAAGCCUCCAUCCAGAACUUGCAAUUGCUGGCCCAAAUGGUGCUGCUGCUGCUGUUGUGGUAACAAGCACAAAAAGAAGACAACAAAAUCUAAGCCAGAGAAAAAGAAAAGAUUAUUCUUCAAGAAAGCAGAAAAUCAGUCUCCUGCAUAUGCCCUUGGUGAAAUUGAGGAAGGUGCUCCAGGAGCUGAGACUGACAAAGCUGGAAUUGUGAAUCAACAGAAGCUAGAAAAGAAAUUUGGGCAGUCUUCUGUUUUUGUUGCAUCAACGCUGCUUGAAAAUGGUGGAACCCUGAAGAGCGCAAGUCCAGCUUCUCUACUGAAGGAAGCUAUACAUGUUAUUAGCUGUGGUUAUGAAGACAAGACAGACUGGGGGAAGGAGAUUGGCUGGAUCUAUGGUUCAAUUACAGAAGAUAUUCUGACUGGGUUUAAGAUGCACUGCCAUGGUUGGCGGUCUAUUUACUGCAUUCCAAAGCGGCCAGCAUUCAAAGGUUCUGCACCUCUUAACCUUUCUGAUCGUCUUCACCAGGUCCUUCGUUGGGCUCUUGGAUCUGUUGAAAUUUUCUUCAGCAAACAUUGCCCACUGUGGUAUGGGUAUGGUGGUGGCCUAAAAUUUUUGGAGAGAUUUUCUUAUAUUAACUCUAUCGUAUAUCCCUGGACAUCCAUUCCACUUUUGGCUUAUUGUACCCUGCCUGCCAUAUGCUUGCUCACUGGGAAAUUUAUCACUCCAGAGCUUAGCAAUGUUGCCAGUCUAUGGUUCAUGUCACUUUUCAUCUGUAUUUUUGUCACUGGCAUCCUUGAAAUGAGAUGGAGUGGUGUGGCCAUCGAUGAUUGGUGGAGAAAUGAGCAGUUCUGGGUCAUUGGAGGCGUUUCCUCACAUCUCUUUGCUGUAUUCCAAGGACUUUUGAAAGUCCUUGCUGGUGUUGAUACCAGCUUCACUGUGACAUCAAAGGCUGGAGAUGAUGAAGAGUUCUCGGAGCUAUACACGUUCAAAUGGACCACAUUGCUGAUACCUCCAACUACACUGCUACUGUUGAACUUCAUUGGGGUUGUAGCUGGAGUUUCUAAUGCGAUCAACAAUGGAUAUGAGUCAUGGGGACCUCUCUUUGGGAAGCUCUUCUUUGCAUUCUGGGUGAUUGUCCAUCUAUAUCCGUUCCUCAAAGGAUUGGUUGGAAGGCAAAACAGGACACCAACAAUUGUCAUCGUCUGGUCCAUUCUACUGGCUUCAAUCUUCUCGCUUCUGUGGGUCCGGAUCGAUCCUUUCCUUGCAAAGAAUGAUGGCCCUCUUUUGGAGGAAUGUGGUCUGGAUUGUAACUGAGCAGCCAACACUCAAUAUAUGCGGCUAUACAAGCUUGAAGAAAUUCUUUUGCUGGCGGCGAAUCUUGCCCAAGUUUUCAAAUUCUUUCCUGUAGAUAGAAAUACAGAUCUCCGGCAUUUCUUUUGGUCCACAGUGGUAGGGCAGCUUCAUCUGUGUGUAUUAGGGCAAAUCAGAAGCUAUGUCAUUCCUGUGCAGCUAUACCAGAGAAGUCAAUUUACUCCUGUGGCUGAUCCCAGGAUUCUUUAUUUAUUUGGAGAAGCUACUUUCAUCGCUGAGCUUAAAUUGGUGAGAAGCUGCACCAUGUGUAAGUUACAAGGCGUUGCCUGCCAAGGAAGAUGCCAAUUGUUUAUUUAGUAAAUUAAAUUGAAUUAUAUCAUGAACAUUCCCGGAGUUCAUUUGUUCCACUCAUACCAUACCAAACAGCUGUUGUCUGGUACAUUAGCAUGAACAGAUUUGUAGGUGUUUUAGCAAAUGUACUUUGUUGGAUUCAUGGGCCAUUUUGCGUAAGCCGUGGUGGGGCACUCUGUGUUUGUUUUUUGUAACCAUACAACAUACAGAUAAAAAACGCUCGUUCACAUUUACAAA